GUGGUUACCGCGGCGAAAGGCGGUUACUCACACAAGCGAGAAAGGCAGAAGUGAGAGACAGGCCCCAUUCAAACCGGCAAAAACAUGCCUACCCUAAACAGUAAACCCAACUUCAACAUAUUCAAGGAACCAAGAGGCUUUAUCAAGGUCAUCGAACUGUUUAUUGCCAUCUUUGCCUUUGCAACAACAGUUGGUUACCGUGGGAACUAUGGAUACAAUGCACUUUGUACUGAUAAGACCAAUAAGACUGUCACUCAGCAUGUCAGUGUUGAUUUCUCCUACACAUUUGAUGAGGCAAGGGUUUAUGUGGACCAGCCUAAUGGGUUCAAGUGUGUGAAUGUGUCACAAUAUACACAGCCACUCAACUAUAAGUCUGAAUCAGAGUAUUUUGUGUUUGUUGGUACAACAUGUUUCCUCUAUGCCAUUGGGGCGGCUCUCUAUUACACGUUUUUUGAAGACCAAGUCAAGGAUUCUACAUCAACAGACAUUGGAAUAUGUUCUCUGCCUGUUGUGGACUUUGCAGUGAGUGUGUUGUACGUCAUUUUCUGGUUCACUGCAUCAAUAGCCUGGGCUGCAGGCUUGUCAGGCUUGAAGGAUGCCACUCAAGUUGGGGUUAAUGUUGCGCUCUCUACUAAUUGUAGGACACCCAAUGUUUGCAAUAACCUGACUGGUGCUACAUUUGCUGCUCUCAAUGUGUCUGUGCUGCUGGGAUUCCUGAACUGUGUUGUGUGGGCCUUCAACCUGUGGUUCCUGUUCAAGGAGACUCCCUGGCACAGCCCUCGCCGUGCGGCUAACAGCAUGGCUGGACCAGAUGCAGAAGCUGUUACCCAGGAGACACCCCCUGCCUCUGCUAUAUAAAUAUGGCUUUGUGUUGCUGUCCUCGUAUUAAAUCAGAAGCUGAAUUCGGUGUAUGCAGGCUACAUAUCUGGUGCUAUGUAUCACUCCAGACAAGUGCCAAUUUGAUGGAAAAACUCAAAACCUGAGAGAUAGCUACUUGUGCUACGUAGUUGCAUAAAAGGGAGAGAUUAAUGUGGAAUUUGAGUGCUUUUUAUAUAGCUGAGAAUUUUUUUUUACUUGAUAAUGUUUUAGUCGAGUACUGUAUAUACAGUACAGUAAUAAUAAUCAGUUCCUCACCUAAUAGAGAAUACUCAAACAUGUGCACUGUAAGUGUACAAAAAGUUUCAUUUGCUCAAGAUUGUCAAUGGUUUACUUUUGGUUAUCCUCUCAUUGUUUGACAAACCAAUUUUUUAUAGGUAUUUUCACUCUGCAUAUACUUUGAUUUGGAAGUGGAACUGUCGUCACCCUUGGUGUUAUUGUCUCAGAUGUUAUAGAAUGUUAGGCAGUCAAUCGAAUGAUCUAGACUGCACUUCAUGACACAUGCGCCAUCUUGGAAAUAUUUCAAUUGCAGCAUGAAUAUGGCAAACUUCCUUUUCUGUUCAUAUUGCAUAAGUUAAUCAAUUUAAAGCACAAAAAUUAUUUCUAGGGCCAUUGUUGUUGGCAGAAAGCCUUCCGCCUUUAUCUUCUUCUACACAAGAAAAAGAGAAUGAGCCCCCUCCCCCUAUAAGCCAAAAAUAUAUUGAAUUAAGACAAGUGUUUCCAUCUGGUUUAACAGGUAUUGCUGUGUUGAGUCUGGUAUAUACAAACCUACAGUGCUCUAAUGACAGUAAUUCAUUGCUGCAUUUGUGAUGACAGUUUUAGGUUAUAAUUUCUAAUGUUUGUCUCAUUAAAAUGAUAUUGGCCAAA